AUGCAAAAUGCCGUUGAAGGUGCAGGUGCUAGAGACUUAGUUGUUAGUGGCGAUGGAAGUUGGCAAAAACGUGGUUUUAGUAGUCAUAAUGGUGUUGCUGCUGUCAUAUCCAGCUCAGACGUGCCUAAAGUACUUGAUAUUGAACGAUUAUCAAAACGAUGUACAGUUUGUGAUGGUGCGAAGAGUAUAAAACAAUCUGAUCCAGUAAAAUUUGAGCAAGUCAUGAGUACUCACCAAUGUCAGCUGAAUUAUAAAGGCUCUUCCGAUAAAUUCCUCAUACUCAUUUUGUCUUUCUGAUUUCCGACUAUCUAACACUCGUAGCUGCUAUGGAAAUGGAUGGCAUCCAUCGUCUCUUCUAUCGUUCUAUUGAUCGAUACAAUGUUCGAUAUUCAAAGUAAUGUCUAAGCAGUGUGGAGUGAACUGUGUGCUUUCAUGAUUUAUUUUGCAAUCAUUUCUUUUACGACUGUUCAUUUCGAAUUAGAUAAGUAAUUCUACUUUUGUGAACUUUUCCCGGUUGAUACACGAUUCUUUGUGCUUCUUCGUUUUUGUUGUAGGUAUAUUGGUGAUGGCGAUACGAAAACGAUGAUGAAGCUGCGCAAUGAACCACCAUAUCCAGAUUUAAUAGUGGAGAAAACCGAAGAUGUCAAUCACGUGACCUCAAAAAUUCUUUGCUCGUCCAAAAUUCAACCUUUCUGUAAUUUUAGUGGUGUAAAAAAAUGCAGCACCGCCUGGAGAAAGUCAGAAAUGAAGUUAAAAAUGAGUUAAUUGAUGGCAAAAAAGGAAUCUCUGGUUCGAAUCGUCUAACUCAAAGUGAGAUCACAGUUUUCCUGCACGUUUUAUCUUUAUUGACAUGGAUCUUUUUACUAGAUAUGGUUAUUAACUUUAAAUACUAUUAUCGUCAAGCAAUUGUUCGAAAUAAAACGGAUCUUAAUGACAUGGUCAAAGCCGUAUGGGGAAUUUAUAAACACAAAGUAAAAAGUUCUAAGAUUUACAUUACUUCAUAAAUAACUGCGAAAAUUCCAUCAUUUCAGUCAUCCACAAAUUCAGAUCCAUAUCAUGAGUGGUGUUCACCAGCGUAUUGUGGUUUUUGGAAAGCACUCGAGAAAGGUAUCAGCAACUGGAAAUAUUUGGGAACUUUUCAGAUAGCAGAUUCGUAAUUUUCUAGGAGGAGAAUAUGAUCAUACACCACAUUCUCUUCCAAAGGGAGUAAUAAAAGCUAUCCGACCUGUGUUCGAGGAACUAGCUUCCCGUAAGUGUGAAGUUCAGAAAUGCAAAUUCAACUUUUCGCAAUAUUCUCUGAUUGUUAUAAUUUUUUAUGCUAUGCUUUAUAAUGUUUAUUAUUUUGUUUUAUGCUACUAUUCAUCAGAUAAGUGCUAGCUACUCUUAUUUUCAAAACCCAAUGGUGCUUUGACUGUUGUUUUUUCUUUUUUUAUCAUAGACGAAAAUCUUUCUCGAGUUUUAAAUGGAUCCACUCAGAAUCCCAACGAAUCUUAUCACUCUUUCCUAUGGUCAAUGGCACCAAAGAGUCGUCCCUCAAGUGGUACAAUCAUUGAUUUCUGCGUAGCACUAUCUGUCAUCGUUUCCAAUGAUGGUUUCCAAUCAUUGCUACCGCUUUUUGAGAGUCUUCUUGGUAUGAAAUUGAAGAACUAUAGCAACAGUUUGUACUCGAAGUUUUAUAUCUUUCAGGAUCCAGUGGUACAUUCACUUCUUCUAUAUUUCAACGAUUGGAUCAACAACGAGCCACUCAGGAAGCUCGUAAAAAGUCACACUCAGCUAGCCGCUCAAUGAAUUCGUUAUCAAGUAUCAAUUAAACGCAAGAUGAAGUGGAUGAUUCCUACGUACCUGGAGCUUACUAAAACAGUUUGGAAAUGUUCAUGAAAUUUGUUUAUAUCGCUCUAAUGAACAAUAGUAAUUUUGAAACUUAUAGUUUUGCUGUAGCCAAGAAUAUGAAAUAUGAGUACAUGAAUGUUCUAUUUGAAUCCGGUUGCACCGAAGACAAAGUUUCUUCGGCAAACAUACAAUUGGAGACCGUGAACGAUUUCUUAUCUGAAGCUGUAGUUUGAAUAACGGUUUCUUGCUAUAGAUAACAAGAUAAUUUUGUUUUACUACCUUUCAUCCUUUCUAGAUGAAUCUAAACAACUUCAAAAUAACAUAUAAUUUUCUGAAAACAAUGUUUCAAAAACGAAACAUUCCUUUUCCGCCCGAUCUCGCUGCAAUUCUUGAUAUUCCACCAUCUGCAGCUCAAAACUCUUCACAAGCACAACUCGCAAAUGGUGAUGAUGACGACAGCAACGAAAUGUUUUCUCUCGACAACGACAAUAACGAUAGUGCUGACACACAGCGACGUUAGUUUAGAAUAUGAAUAUCACUCGUCUGCUCCACUGUCAACAACCGCUUCUCAACAACAACUAAAUGUACUAGAAAGUGCAGAGGACGUCGAGAAUCGACACGAUGUGUACCGCCAAUUAUAUGUUCUGAUUCUUCGUCAACGCCAGCAAAAACAAUUAACUUCGAAAAAUUAUGAGACAUAUGAGUGGCCAGCCUUGAUAAAACAACUUAUAAGAUGCAGAUUUCCAUCAGAUAUUAAGAACUAUGAUUGUUAUAAACAGCCAGAUGUUGUUUUUUUCAGUAGAAACUUUUAUUGAUUUAUUUGCACAAUAAACAAUGAAAUGCUGUUUUUCUUCUCUUGCUAUCUCAGAGAGUAUGCUCUCACUGUGUUCAGCAGAUGCGCAAUCGAAAAUAACCUAUAAAUUUUUGAAAUGAACAAAAAUGAAUGUAAACUAACAUUGAAAAUCGCUCAAAACCUCUUUUUUUGUAGAAAAGGGCUCCAAAAAUCUGGUUUUUUAAACUCGCCAUAUUGGUCUAAUUAAUUAAUAUAACAGAUCAUGUGUGUGUUUCUCAUUAACAACCGUCUAGACGUUUGUUGACCACUGUUACACCCCCGUAACUAAGGAAAUUUUCUGAAAAAACCUUAUAUUUCUACUACUGCUCCCAGAAAACCGCUAUUUUCACUUCCAAAAACCAUUCAAACUGCAAUAAAUCGCACAUAAUCUGAAAGAGAACACUUCGAGCUUUCAGUAUAUGUGCUUAUCUCAAAAUCGAUUUUUCUGAAAAUAAAUGCGGAAACUUCGGAUUUAAAUCCGAGACUUAUGUGUACUUCAAAAAGUGAAUCAUACGAAUCAGUCAUCCUAGAAUGUCUGAACAUCAAAAUUAUAGUGGGAAAACUAGCAUUGCAAAUGUUGAUUUUCAUUACGCGUUGCCAAACCAA